CAGAACCCAAAUACCAGGCCUUCCUUUCCUUUUUAUUGUUUCUAUCUUCUUCUAUUCUAACUCAAUCUGACUGAGCAAGAUGCAUGCGACGGAGUCUGCCCAGAACGGCCAGAAGGGAGUUACCGCUCAAAUCUGCGACUGGGCAUCCAACUUGAAGGCUGAAGAUAUCCCAGCCGAUGUCUUGGAGCGGGCGAAGUAUCUCAUUCUUGAUGGUAUUGCCUGUGCGCUCGUGGGCGCAAAGGUGCCAUGGUCUGAGAAGUAUGCCGAGGCGACGAUGGGCUUCGAGCCAGCCGGCUCGUGCAGUAUAAUUGGGUACGACAAGAAAUUGGGUCCCAUUGCAGCUGCGAUGAUGAACGCUGCAUUCAUCCAAGCAACCGAACUGGAUGACUACCACAGCGAAGCUCCACUCCACUCAGCAAGCAUUGCUCUGCCAGCCAUAUUUGCCGCAAGUGAAGUAUUGAAUCAACAAGAGAAAGCUGUGACAGGUCUGCAAGUUAUCCUGGCAUCAAUCGUGGGAUUUGAGACAGGUCCCCGAAUUGGCAAGGCCAUCUACGGAGCUGAUCUCUUGAACAACGGCUGGCACUGUGGUGCAGUCUAUGGUGCCCCGGCUGGUGCCUUGGCCUCAGGAAAGCUCCUCGGUCUUUCCCCGGAGUCUAUGGAGGAUGCUGUAGGAAUCGCAUGUACCCAAGCUUGCGGCUUGAUGUCCGCGCAGUACGGAGGUAUGGUGAAGCGGGUGCAGCAUGGAUUUGCGUCGCGAAAUGGGCUCCUCGGAGGCCUCUUGGCGCAUGGUGGCUACGAGGCCAUGAAAGGCGUCCUGGAAGUCCCAUAUGGGGGUUUCCUCACCAUGUUCACGAAAGGCAAUGGCAAAACACCCGCUUACAAAGAAGAAGAGGUGACAGCGGAGCUGGGCACAUUCUGGCAUACGUUCACACUUCGGGUCAAGCUGUAUGCUUGCUGUGGCCUUACCCAUGGCGCCGUUGAGGCACUCGAAAACCUGCAGAAGAAGUAUCCCGACCUCUUUGCGAAAUCAAAUCUCAAGAACAUCCGCCAUGCACAUGUGCAAUUGUGCAGCUCUUCCUAUAGCCACUGCGGAUGGAUCCCCAGUGAAAGACCCAUCAGUUCGAUCGCAGCUCAAAUGAGUAUUUCCUAUAUUUUAGCCGCCACGAUGGUCGACCAGCAGUGCCUACUGGCUCAAUUCUCCGAACAUGAUAACAACCUCGAAAGGCCGGAGGUCUGGGAGCUGGCGGAGAAGAUUUCCUCAUCUCGUAGCGAGGAGUUCGAUGCUUUCUAUGGUGUUAGCUCAGGCCGAGUUUUGGUGGAGUUCAAUGAUGGCACCCAGGUCUCGGAGACCGUUGAGAAACCCCAGGGAGUCAAGGAACCCAUCCCGAAUUCGCUGAUCCUGAAAAAAUACCGCAACCUUGCAACCAGUGUGACUGAUGCAACGAAGGUCAAAGCUAUUGAAGAUCUUGUGCUUAACCUGGACACCGCCGACGACAUCCGGCCAUUGCUCGAUUUGUUGAAUAGCCCGGUGAAAUCGCCAUUCGCAUAAGGGUCGCAUUAGCGAAAAUUCUUAGUUUAACUUGAC